AGGUGGUGAGGGGCGUCGUCGAGACAAAGAGGAAGUAGUGGCCUGGGCGUGCCGGCGUGGAGGAGGGGGCGGUGAUGGAGAAGGGCGCGGGCACGCGGCGGCGGCGGCUGGCGGAAAGGGGAUCGGAUCGGCUCGCCUUCAUCACCGGCCAGACGCGCAGCCUCUCCUGCGACCCGAUUCCAGAUUCACCGCUUCGUUCAGAGCUUGCAGGUGGCACUGAUGAUGAGAAGUUCAGCGAAGGAAAUCAGUCGCAGAAGUCAGAACCUAGCGAUCUGGUACCUGAAUUUCAACGUCCUGGUACUCGCCAAGGAGUCAAGGCUAGAACCUUAAGCUAUGAUGAUCUGGUACCUGAAUUUCAACGAGCUGAUGGUCGCCGAGAAAUCAAGGCUAGUACCUUGAGCUAUGAAGAUGAACUUUUCCGCAAAUUUAAGACAGGCAGUGCAGUCCCUGAAAUUCAGCCAGUAAAUCAGACGCCAUUGCAUACUCAUAAUCAGGAAACUGUGAGUAAGAAUACAAGCCACGCUGGAGUGAAUACAAGUCAUGAUGGAGUUAGUAAGAAUACUAGUCAUGAUGGAGUGGCAAGUGUCCAAUCUAGCAGAGAAGUGGAAAUAAGACCUAGGUCUGCACCUCCAAGCCAGUCAACCGAAGCGGACAAUUCAGGUUGGUCUGUGGAAACACUGAAGGAACUUUUAGACUUCACGCCACAGGAGAUAACCAAGGCCAUUACCGCGACUGAGACUAACCGUUUCUUAGCAUCUGUCGCCAUUGCUAUCCUGGUGGUUUUUUCAAACUGGGGCCUGGACAUUGGUGGUGUCAUCACCAGAGUAUUAGUUGGUACAAGGCCACUUCUAUUUCUCAUUAUAACCAACAUCACCAUUGUCUUCACAUUGUUGAUGGAGAACAAGGACCCCAAUGUGAGAAGCAGACCGGUUGGCGCCAAUCUAGGUUCUGCUGAUAGCUUAGGGCAAAUGCUAGAGAUCGGGUUGCUGCUACAGAAAGCCCUAGGUGCUCUGCUGAUUGACCUCAGCGUUUGUGCUGUUAUUAUGAUCUGCUUUCUUGGAUUCUGACGGAGCCUAGGUAGAAGUUUCAGAGAAACCUUUGUAAAUCUUUCUGUUCCAUGUUCUGUACUGCGUCGUUCUGCUACUGUCUUUCAAUUUUGUAGCAUCUCAUUUUGGCUGAGUUUUAAUUUAUGUACUCCUGUUUUCUGUUUUCUGAGCGUCUUUAGUUAAUUAAUUAGAUAUUACUCGAACCAGGUCAGUGGGAUACAGACUACAGAGUGAGUAGUUUUGGUGACAUUGUAUCUUGAUUAUUACGACGAAACAGUCAAUUAUACAGCAUUUUGUUUACCAGCAAAAGAGAAUA